AUGUUUACUCCCCCCCUUCGUGAGUGAGCAAAAAAAUUUUGUUCACUCACCGAGGGGGGUUAAUUUUUUUUUAUAAAAUUUAUAAAUAAAAAAUUUUUUUUCGAAAUUUUAAAAAAAUCCUAAAUUUGUAAAAAUUGGGAAGCAAAUAUUAAUUUAAUUUAUGUAAUUUAUGUUUUAAAACGCAAUUUGUUUAAAAAUUAAACAGAAUUAGCUCGAGAUUUCAUUAUACUAAUUAUCAUUUAUAUAUCAAUUUUUUUUUUCAUAAAACAUUUUUUUAUUAAACAAAUUUUUGUUGGUUUUUUUGGGCAAAAAAUAGUGAUUUUUCUAAUAGUUUUGUUCACUCACAGAGUGGGGAGUUAGGAGAUUUGGCACAUUAGCUGACCUUUCAAGCAGGCACGUUGGAAAAGCUGUGGACUAUUUCAGAUCACUCUCAUUAGAAGAAAAACUAAAAGCUGAAGAAGAUUUGCCUGCAUAUGCGACUCAGCUAAUCAUGUACGGUGGCACCACCCAGCCAUUAGAAGAAUUAAAGAACUUUUCAACAAACCACCUUAAAAAACCUAUAAUUCUCUACAAACCUGCCAAAGAGCCUUUAAAUACCAUGCUUGAAAAUGCUCUGAGUCACAAAAGCAUGGUCGAUUUAGACAUAGCAAUCCAUUUUCUCUGGCACAAUUUCCAAGAAGUAAAAUUCCCAUACAAGAAAGUAAUAAUUACCUAGAUCCUCAAGAAGCUUUUGCCGCUUCAACCUAUAGGUUCAACUGAAAACAAAGAGUUAUGGAGAAAGCUGACUUCAGAAAUGUUCUACUAUGCAUGUCCAGACUACAUUAAUGAAGAAGACACAAGUAACUUUACUUUAAAUUACUCAGACCAGCCUUACGCAUAUCCAGCCCUUGCUAAAAUGGCACACAAAUUCGAAGACGUGAGAGCUACCAAGCUUAGACAAGAGGUGAGUAAUCUGCGUAAACAUUAUUUAAAUUCUCUUGAAAAGACUUUUAUUGACAAAAAGAACUACGAGCUUGCAAAAGGCUACAUAAAAAAUUUAUUUGAAAUGAAAGAGCCAGCAAGAGUUGAAAUCGGGUUUUUGUCGUCGCUUUUCUAUUGGGCUACUUAUUAUCAAGACUCAGAAUUCAUCUUCCAAGCAUACGAAAAGCAAUCUUUGAUAAACCGAGGAAACCAAAUCACUGAAUUGUAUGCCCAUACAAUGUACCAAAUAAGUUUAUUGGAUCUUGAAGGAGAAUAUAUCCCUGUGAUGGACAAAAUUAUUAGCAGGCUGAAAUUCGAAAACCCAAAUUAUUAUAAAGAAUUUGUGUUCGCGAAUAAAUUUGCAAGUGAGGCUAUGGUGAGAAGCUACAUAAAGGAUGGAAGAUAUGAAGACGCAGUUGUGUUUAUGUAUGACUUGAACAGACUUGGCUGUAAAUUGCCAGAUUAGAUUAGAUUAACGCUAGGUAUUUAAGGUCCCCACUACGUCCGAGGAAGCAUUCUACGGUUUCCCGUAUGGUGGCAGAGCGUUCACCAAGCCCUGGCCGAAACCCCGGUUUCUCGGUAGAGGCAUUGUCAAGGGCCGUCUCAUACCGGCUUUGCUGACCGCCUCCAUUUCCAACUUGGAUCGUCGCCUAAGUUUACGCCAGCACUGCUGCGUCGUCCGCCAGAUCUGCUCAUUGAAGGGCACCUUUUCAACUGGAGAGACCCCGUUUAGUUGUCUAACUCGCCUUCCCCUCUUUUCGGUCAUCCCGAGAAAAAACUCAACAGCUUUCGCCAUUCGGGGCGAGCGACAAAAGCAGCUUAGGCAGGUAAGUCGCCCUGCCUCAUUUCGGGCACUCACUGGGCUGAGCGCUGCUGGUAAAAAGAAGUCACGAGUAACUGCCCAUGGGUCUGGUCACAAAAACAGCGGCUUUGCGCUUAGGGCCUCUCGCUUCGAGGUCCCAGACGUUGUUGGGCUAACUCCUGGCUCCAAAAACCAUGCCCGGAUAUGCAUGGGUAACCACCACUGAGAGAGGGUGGGUCGGUCGCCCGUCCGCCAUUUUAUGUAUAUUAAAUUGCCAUAUAAUUGCACUUCUGAGCUUGCACAGCUUGCUUUUAAAGAUAAAAAAGCUAGGGUCAUUCAAAUGAUCCAGUCUUUUGACCACACUUUAAGCUACAUCGAAAUGAACUCUAUGAUUAUGACACUGAGAGAAGAAAUGGAUAAGAAUGGAGAGCUUUUGGAGAAAAGAUUUGCAGAGGAUAAGUAUUAUACGCAGUCCUCAAAGUAUUUAAUCCCUAUGCUAUUAUGCAGAAAAAUGCCUGUGAAAGGAGUGAUUGGAGAGGAGGAUAAUUUUGUGCCUUAUUUUAGAGAAAAAUGAGCACCUAUAGAUUCGGAAGAAGACGAUUCGGAUAUGGAAGAAAAAAAUGAAAGACAAGAAAGGAGGAGAAGGGAUGAAGAAAGUGAGGAUGAGAGAUUUAACCCGGAAAAUUUUGUUAAUUUAAGAGAUGAGGCUGAUGGAGAAAGGAAAGAGAAAAAAGGGAAAAGGGUGGCAAAUGAUAUAGAUAUGAGGUCUAAAAAGAGAUAUGCAAGCCAAAGAAGUGAAAUAGAUGAAUUUGAAGACAAGUCUGAGGUUGAAGACCCAGAUAUUGUCCCAGAUAUAAAAAAGCAUGAAGAUGAAGCAGAAGAAAUACCAAUAGAAUUAAAGGAUUAA